CCGGAAGGAAACGUGCCUACUUUUUCUUCCGGUUGGGUCAAAUUUGACGUACCUCCUGUUUGGGGACCGUGCGUUGUUUGGUUAAGUCUGAGAUCGGACUUAAAGAUCUGAUACCAUACUGUUGAUGUGUGAGUGAUGACAAGACACGGGAAGAACUGCACAGCAGGGGCUGUAUAUACCUAUUACGAGAAGAAAAAGGACACAGCUGUUUCGGGGUAUGGGACACAAUCCCUGCGUCUCAGUAAAGAUGCCAUUAAGGAUUUCGACUGCUGCUGUUUGUCAUUGCAGCCCUGCAAAGAUCCAGUUAUAACGCCUGAUGGUUAUCUAUAUGAAAAGGAAGCAAUUCUGGAAUAUAUCUUGCACCAGAAAACUGAAAUUGCUAAGAAAAUAAAGGCUUACGAGAAACAGAAGAACAUCAAGAAAACAGAGCUGGCCGAGCUGGCAAAGGCAGAGAAGGAGACCAAAGUCAAAGCAUUCCUGGAGAAAGAGUCGACCAUUGUCAGCAAGCCGCUGAAUCCCUUCAGCUCCAAAGAGGGGGAGGCCCAGGCUGGUUCCAGCACAGAAGCCAUUCAGCCAGAGAAUGAAAAGCACUUGCCUAGUUUUUGGAUUCCGUCACUUACUCCUGAGGCAAAAGUGUCUGCCAUGAGAAAACCGGAUAAGACUAUCUACUGCCCAAUGAGUGGGAAGCCUCUGAAGAUGAAAGACCUGAUUCCUGUCAAUUUCCUGCCUGUUGACAGUAAGCUGGACCGCGUACAGCUGAUCACGAGGCAGGAGCGCUAUGUCUGUGCGGUGACACGGGAUGUUCUGGGAAACUCUGUGCCAUGUGCUGUUCUUCGACCGUCAGGGUCUGUGGUCACCAUGGAGUGCGUGGAGAAACUGAUUAAACAUGAUAUGGUGGAUCCGAUCAGCGGGGUGAAACUGACGGAGAAGGACAUCAUCCCGAUUCAAAGGGGCGGGACUGGAUUUGCAGGUUCCGGAGUGAAAUUGGAAGCCAAGGAGUCGAGGCCAGUGAUGCAGGCAUAACAACACAGCAGUUAUUGGAGCCCAUUGUCCAUCAGGUGCCUGAAUGAACAAGUGGAUAUUUUCCUGCUCCCAUCAUCAACACUUUGUACUAAACUCUACUUUACAAAUGAUUUAGACAUUCACUGGUGACUACAACCCCUCUGCAAAUUGUUUAAAAAAUGCACAAUAAUCUAAGAAAACACAGGAAUGACCAGGAGUCCCUGGUGUGCAUCAACCCGUCACUCCCACUUCUGUUACUAUGGGGCUGUCCUCCAGCUAGGGAGCCAGUCAUAAUGUCAUUUAAUCUUUUUGGUCACUUUUUAUUUCCAAACACAUUCGUGCUUUGUUGAUAUAUUUUAAUAAAGUUACUCUCUUCUCACA